CGGGAAGGGGCCUGUUAGAGCUGAGGUGGCACAUCUCUGUCUGGCCAGCUUGAGUGGCAGCUGGGUCAGCAGUUCGGGGGAGCACUGACCACUCUUCCCUGGAGGCUUCGGAAUGAACUUGUGCCACCCAGACCCAGCGGAGCUGAGCAGUGGGGAAACCGAGGAGCUGCAGCAGAUCAAAUGGCACCGGCAGCAGCUUCUGGAGGACAUCCAGAAGCUGAAGGACGAGAUCUCAGAUGUGUUUGCCCAAAUCGACUGCUUCGAGAUGGCGGAGGAAAGCCGGGUGGCCCAAAAGGAGAAGGAGCUAUGCAUUGGGCGCAAGAAGUUCAACAUGGACCCCAUGAAGGGCAUCCAGUAUCUCAUUGAGCACAAGCGGCUGGCCUCCAACGCCCAGGAUAUCGCCCAGUUCCUGUACAAGGGUGAGGGCCUCAACAAGACGGCCAUCGGCACCUACCUGGGAGAGAGGGACCCCAUCAACCUGCAGGUGCUACAGGCCUUCGUGGACUGCCACGAGUUCGCCAACCUCAACCUCGUCCAGGCCCUCAGGCAGUUCCUGUGGAGUUUCCGCCUGCCCGGCGAGGCCCAGAAGAUUGACCGAAUGAUGGAGACCUUCGCCACUCGAUACUGCCUCUGCAACCCAGGCGUCUUCCAGUCCACAGACACCUGCUACGUCCUGUCCUUCUCCAUCAUCAUGCUCAACACCAGCCUCCACAACCCCAACGUCCGGGACAAGCCGUCCUUCGAGCGCUUUGUGUCCAUGAACCGCGGCAUCAACAACGGCAGCGACCUGCCCGAGGAGCAGCUACGGAACCUCUUCGACAGCAUCAAGAGUGAGCCCUUCUCCAUCCCUGAGGACGACGGCAACGACCUCACACACACCUUCUUCAACCCUGACCGCGAGGGCUGGCUGCUCAAGCUGGGAGGCCGCGUGAAGACGUGGAAACGGCGCUGGUUCAUCCUGACUGACAGCUGCCUCUACUACUUCGAGUUCACCACGGACAAGGAGCCGCGGGGAAUCAUACCCCUGGAGAACCUCUCCGUGCAGAAGGUGGACGACCCCAAGAAGCCAUUCUGCCUGGAGCUCUACAACCCCAGUUGCCGGGGCCAGAAGAUCAAAGCCUGCAAGACAGACGGCGACGGCAAGGUGGUGGAGGGCAAGCAUGAGUUUUACCGGAUCUCGGCCUCCAGCGCCGAGGAGCGGGACCAAUGGAUCGAGGCCAUACGAGCCAGCAUCACCCGUGUCCCCUUCUAUGACCUGGUCUCUGCUCGGAAGAAGAAGAUUGCCAGCAAACAAUGAGCUUCCUGGGACACGGUGCUGGGCCAGGCGUCCCGGGAACUCUGUGGCCUCCCAGUCCAGGGCACCUUCUCCCGGCCUGCAGACACCCUCCCCUGCCCCCCAUUACUUCAAGCUGACAGGAGGGCGUGAGGCAGAGCUCAGGAGGGUGGGUGGGAACGGCUGCGGGCCCAGAGCCGGCGAGAGGCCCCUCGGCACCCAGCCGCUGCCCGGGGAGGCCUGAGGAAAGCAGUUGAAGAAAAAUCAGCCCGAGAAACUUGGCCCCCUGCCAUUUCUCUGGGCCUCAGUUUCCUUUUCUGGGAAUGUCUCCUCGCACUCUGAAAUGACGUCAGUCUCGCAGCGGGAGGGACUGUGUGGCUCUGAAGCUCCGUCUUCCACAUGCUGCGCGCCCUCUGUCCAGGCCUCACUCCCCCUCUGAUUCUUGGAAAGCCGAGAUGCUUGGAUAGACAUGUCUUGGCCCCUCUCCACCCAGUGAUGGUAGCCACAGCCCCAGUGCUGGUCCCGCAGUCAGUGAGCUGGCUGCCUCCCAACUCUCGACUGCUUCCUCCAGGCAGGCAACAGGAUUGCACCAGGCCACCCUAAGCAGCUUCCAGCCGGAGAUGUCUGCACUUGUUCAUGAGCUGGAGGGGACCCUGGACUGCAUGAUGGUGGGUGGCUGAGAGCAGAGUGUCCGCUUCAGGGGGGAGGCAGGUGGGACUCCUCAAGAAAAUGGUGCAGAACAUCCCAGACAGAUGCACGCAAGCAGGACCAGCAAGCAGGUCUGCUGACUCCACUAGGACUCUUUUCAAGAAGCCAAGAAGAGAGAGUUUGUGUAGGUGUGGUGACCAGGAGGGCUGCCUGGAGGCAGCAGCCAAGUCAAUGAGUGACACUGAAGCUCAAGGCAGGAGCCUCAGCCAAGACUUUCCCGUGAGACCACUCAGCAGGAUUCCCCUGAGGGGCAGCCCCGCCGGUCCUGUGUCCUGAGACGCGUCCCUGCGGCAGCA